GUCUAUAAAUCUCGGUCCUAUGGGAUUUAACGAGUAUCUAUUUGAGACUAUAAUAAUAAUGAUUUUAUUAUAGAAGUAAAGUAAAUACAAUUAUGAAAACAUGAACACUAUCGUAUGUAGGUAGAUAAAUUUCUUGCUUUACACUCAUACACAUGUAAAAGCCGAACUUGCAAUAUUUUAAAACUACCUAUGCACUUUUCUUUUGUGUACGUGGAAGUGUAUUAUCUAAAGUUUUAAUUUAUAAGUGUUAUUAUAAACUACCUGGACAGCGAAUAACGGAAUCUUGAAGCGCACCCUCCCGAGAGGAUGGAAUAGGAUUAUGCCAACAACCCCACGGGAGACGCGGAUUGACUUCUGUGACGACUACAUGGCGGAGACACCACCCAACAGGUACUUCCGAGGAAGGCCUGAAAGUCCCAUGUAUGUCGAACCUGUCGCUACAAGGAAUUUCUUUCGGAAAUGGAAUCAGCUAUCUCGUCUGCAGCGGUCCUUGGUAUUGGCGAUACUAAUUCUGAUCGCGAUAUUUUGCUUCAUGUAUGGCCUAUCAAGUGCCAUCUCACCACCGCAGCCUUUAGGACCUAUACACUUGCCAAUGAAAAACUCCAACUCAAGCAGCUUGUUGAAUAAAAUGAAGAAAGCGGCCAUGGCCUCGGCAAAGGAUAAGAAGGGUGUGGUUCUGUAUGAGACUGAUUUCAGCCAAAGGCCUAUUUUUGCUGGACCGUCCAAUGCUCAGCAGUAUGCUGUGGUGCAGAGUUUCAAGCACGCCUGGAGGGGUUAUAAGGAACACGCUUGGGGACAUGAUAAUUUGAAACCGGUUUCAGGAACACCUUACGAUUGGUUCUCGCUAGGAUUGACGAUUAUUGACAGUCUUGAUACAGCUUUUAUAAUGGGCUUGAUGGAAGAAUAUGAGGAAGGUCGCGAGUGGAUUAAGAACGAACUGGUAUUCACAAAGAACAAAGACGUCAACUUCUUUGAAACAACAAUUCGUGUUCUCGGCGCUUUGCUGACUAACUACCAUUUUACGGGCGAUAACAUGUUUCUCGAGAAAGCUAAAGAUCUUGGUGAGCGUCUCAUGACUGCCUUCGCGUCACCAUCGGGUAUACCGUACUCCGACGUGAACCUCGGUGCUCGUACCGCUCAUGUACCGGAGUGGUCCCACUACAGCACCACAGCCGAGGUCAGCACGGUCCAACUGGAGUUCCGUGAACUCUCCCGUGCUACCAAUAACCCGAUUUUCGAGGAUGCAGCGGCGGCUGUAUCGGAGAAGAUUCACCAGCUUCCGAAGAAACAUGGACUAGUGCCUAUCUUCAUUAACCCGAACACCGGACACUUCCUGCCUCAUGCUACCAUCACCCUCGGGGCUCGUGGCGACAGUUACUACGAAUAUCUUCUGAAACAAUGGAUCCAGACCGGAAAGACCAUCAAUUAUCUCCGGGAUGACUACUUGACGGCUAUAGAAGGGGUUCGUGAGUUCCUGGCGCGCCGCUCCGUUCCAAACAAGCACCUGUUCAUCGGAGAACUCACUGCGGGAUCAGAGGCUUACAAUAACCAGGCCUUCAACCCGAAGAUGGAUCAUCUUACCUGCUUCUUGCCUGGCACUUUGGCGCUGGGUCAUGCUAAUGGUCUACCUGAUUGGCACCUGACCAUGGCUGAGGAACUUAUCAAUACCUGCUACCUGACGUAUGCUGUGCACCCCACCUUCAUGGCUCCGGAGAUCACCCACUUCAAUAUUGGUAGCGGAACCGAGGACAUGUUCACCAAGAUCGCUGACGCUCACAGCCUCCUGCGCCCGGAGUUCGUUGAGAGCCUCUACAUCAUGUACCAACUGACUGGCAACACCACCUACCAGGACUGGGGAUGGCAAGUGUAUAUGGGUAUCGAGAAGUACGCUCGCGUCGCCAAAGGCUACACAUCGGUGACCAACGUAAAGACGGACAAACCGGCGCCAAAGGACAUGAUGGAGACCUUCUUCCUCUCCGAGACUCUGAAGUACUUGUACCUGCUGUUCAGUGAUGAUAGAUUCGCCCUUGACCUGAACAAGUACGUGAUCACCACCGAGGCCCACCCUCUGCCGAUCCACAAAGUUUAAACUGAGAUUGUCAAGACAACAGACAAACCGACGACCCACGCUUGUUAUAUGGCCUAGUUUAAUUUAGAUGUACUCUUAGAUAAUUCAAUAUUUAAUCCUAUAGGUAGGUGUAAUUUAAUAACCCGUAUUUUAUAUUAUUGGGUUUGGGCUUGUUUUUGAACGUCAAACCAAUUUUGUCUGGUGGUAAGUGUUUACUUUUGUAAUUAUCACCAGAUAUUGUGUUUAAUUUUCCAGUGGAAACCACUCAAAUCAUGGUCUGGAUUAGCAAAGGAGGCUUGUCCUUGAAAUCCUUAGAGAUACUAGGGGCCAAGACCUACACACGCAUUUGUCAUGGCGCAAUAAUAUAAAAUAUGGGUGUUAUAGUAUUGGCAAUUAUAAACGCUUAUCGAUGUUAUAGGUUAAUUAUGGCAGCUCUAGCUACUUGUAGUGGGAGUCGAGCACUAGGUUACCCCAGGGCCACGCUCGCACCGGGGAAGUUACCACACCCCCACGCACUCGCCGUUGGUGUCGACUGUACUUGUACGACUGCCACUGUACGGGUGGGGGGGCCGGAGGCCCAUCCCCUCCCCAUCCUUACCUCUCCCAUCCCGUCCUCUUCCAUCCUCAACUCGCCUAUUCUUUCCUCUCCCAUCCUUUCUUCUUCCAUCCUAUCCUCGUGCUUUCCUCAAAGUCCCAUCCUAUCCUUGCCUCUCCAACUUAUAGGAUAUAAUGGGAUAACUAUUAUGCCAUUCCAUCCUCUCUUUCCGACCCUAUUAUGUUUUUCUCCAUCCAAUCUUCUCUUCCCCAUCCUAUCCUCCCUUCCCCAUUCUAUCCUCCCUCCUCAUCCUAUCCUACCUUCCUCAUCCUGUCCUCCCUUCUCCAUCCUAUCCUCCCUUCCCGAUCCUAUGUUCCUAAUCCCAAAUAAGUGUAUUACGUAUCCACUUAUCUAUAUGUGUGAGCAUCGAAUGACAUAACAUACGGGUGCAAGUUAUGCUAUUCGUUUGCUAACUUGUUACAAAAAAGAAAAAAACUAAAAAAAAUGUCUGUUUCAUUUGUCGAAGCCUGCUUUGCCUUCUUCUCUUCAAGAAAAGAAUUGGUUUCAAGCGCUGGCUAUUAGUGUGUAUUCAUUUGCCAAUUUGCAAUUUCGUUAGCGGUUUGGAGUUAUAAUUAGUUACUUAUUUACUGUUAUAUAUUUUGUAAAUUGUAUAUUGUAUCACAUUGUUAUUAUCAUGAGUCGUGGACUGUUGUUGUUAUUUUUAAUGUGUAAAAAGAUUUCUAUUUUCUUACGCUGGUCUGUUUUGAUAAAUAACUAUAUGGUUCAUUUUUAUUCUUCCAUUUGAAUUAGUUCUAAGACUUUUGAUAUUUAAUUAUUUAAAAACAAGUUUAAUACUUGGAGUAAUGAAAUACAAUAUACUAGUUUUAUAUCAUUUUUGAUAUUCGUAGCCAAAAAUAUACAUUUAUUUCUUGAUAAGAUCAAUAAGACAAUUAAUUUUAGCGACCAUUUGGUAUGUAAUAAAAUUCUGCUUAUUUUUUUAAGUUUUAGGUUAAGAUUAGAGUUGUUGUACGAUCAUACAAUAACUCCGACCUUUGCAAAAAUUCGCUAUAAUGGCAAUACUACAAAACUAAUGUAUUCUUUCUUUCUCAAGACAAUAACAUCUAAAGGUAUAAGUUAUAACAGUUGAUCCUUUUCGACCGUUAACGAAGACCAUACGCAUUUGUUGCCAGUGCCAAAAAAAAAUUAUUGAGGUAUAUUUGUAGUAUUGCCAAAUUGUUAUUUAGUGUGUAGUAUCAAUUUAUCUAGUGUUAUAAUAUAUCUAUAUAGUUAUAGUAUUAUCUAUGUAGUUUAGUGCAAUACCAAAAAAAAUAAAAAAAAUUACAAAAAAUAAAGGCGUCAAGAGUCGGGUCAAAUUAGGUUAGGUUAGUAUUUGGCGGUGUUAGUGCACCCCCGUGCGUCGGACGGCACGUAAAGCAUUCGUUCCGUUACCUGAACUCUCCGGACUGUCGGAUUACCGACGGAUCGGAUUGAGUGACGGACCUUAGAAGGAGACAAAAGCGACUGAAUUAAUACGCUAGGAUUUCCCCAAGCGUUUAAUCAUAUAAUUGUAAGUAAUCGUAGUAUGCUUUGCUUCUUGUGGGCCCUCUUUACAAUCGGCAGCGUUGGGCGAGUAAAGACAAUCACGAUAGUGUAGUAGGUCUAAAUAUCUAUGAUUGGUCGUCAUUGUAGAUAUUUAUUCGUACUCGCGCCGUACUGGACGCAAACGUCGACGAUUGUUGGGCCAACACUCUCGGUUGUGAAGAGGGCCCAUUAUCUAUAAUUGCCAAUACGUUUACGUAUUAUGUUAACAUAGAUUUAGGUGUAUCUCAUGGCUCUGUCAAACGGAACUCAUACUUAGUGCGCGUCAGUGCGCUAACCUGACGCCGCGCUCUGACGCGUUGUAUUUGAUAAAGCCAUUUUAGUAUUAAUACGGGUUUACACCCACAAAAGCCAAAUUAUGUCGAACAUUGAUUGACAAAAUAAAACUCACGGACACAGUAGAGUUGUAAUAUAAUACUGAGUAAUUUAGUAGGACAUGACCAUGUUUCGGUAACCGUUUGAAAUGUUACCGAAUAACAUUACUUACGGAGAGUUGAAUUUUUACGUUACUUCUUUGUGACAUUACGUUAUUUAGGAAUCAUUUGUAUCUGUGUAGGAACGAUGUUAUUGAACUUCCCAUUUUAGCACGCUUAAUUCCCAGUUCCAAUUAAGUCCACUUUUAUUUACAUUUUUUAAGAUUUUUGCAUACAUUUGAUAUAUUAGUAUUCAAAUUGUUGAUCGAAUAUUUAUGUACAUAAAUACCUGUUGCGAUGCAUUUUACACAAUUGCUGUAGGAAAAUUAAGGGUAGUGUACAUGCGCUGAAUUUUCAGUGAGUUUAUGGUUUUCUUGUGGUUAUGGUGCUUUAUUCUCUGAAAGUUAUCGUCAAAGCUGCUGUUAAGUUAUAAUGUUUUUCAUGGAUUUCUUUGUACGAGAUGACAUAACUGUAUUAUUGAGAAUUUUGUUGGUUUGACAACUAAUUAACACGUUAAUAAAUUUACUCAAAAUUCAGCGUGUAUGGUUAGAGCUAACUAAGAUAAGAAGGUAUUUCGGUGCUCACUUACGCGUAGUCAAAAUAAGACUUCAAGAGAUGAGUUCCUCCUUUUAAAUCCCGAACUCUUAUGUACUUAUUAAAUUAAUUAGGGGAUACGAUCUCUAAAACUUAAACCAUCCAGGUAUGAGCUUAGCUCCCAAGUGGUUAACUUAAAACUGUAGUUAGGUUUAAAUUUUAUUAGUUAGAGGGUCGAAUGCCAACGUCCAAGCACCGCGAAUCCGUUGCUCAUGCCUGAUUUGCAACAAUUUUCCUUUUAGCCAAAUUUAAUCUUACCUGUUUACUUUAAGUUUGUUAUUUUGUAUUAUCAAUAAUUAUAGUCAUAUCAUGUCAAUUUUAGUCACUUGACCAAUGAAAGUAAAUGCAUCGUAAAUCUUUAAUAGAAAGACAUUGAAGACAAUCGACAAACCAAGACUAUAAGGAUAUUGGAUAUUUACCUAUAAGAAACGAUUAACAAUACAAUGUGGAUGCUUUAAAGUAAGAUAAUAUGUUACUAUUAUCAUCGGACGAGACAAAUAUUUACCCGGAUAUACUGAAGCGCUAUAUUUGCCAAUUAUCUGCGGAUAUUAUAUGUAGUUAGAUUACCUACAUUCGUCCUUAUGGAAAGAGUUUAUUGGCGUGCUGUAAUAGAUUGUCUUGAUAGAUAAUACAUAGGAGUAUUUUAUUGAAUUGGAUCAAGGGUGAAUGUAUGUAAUAAAACUUUAGAUGUAACGGAUAUUACAUAUCUCAAACGAAAUCUUAUUCUAUUUUGGUCUAUUAUGCAGUCGACUAGCAAUUAAGAUUUUCUUAAUUAUGAUGGACUAAUAGCAUAUUUGGCAAUAUUGCCUAGGGUUUUUGCGAUUCGCACAAAAUCUACGGCCUAUGUAAGGCAGUGCUGCAUUUAACCAUUGCGUCAUUAACGUUUGGUAAAAUCUUAAACAAUACAUUAAUAUAAGUAGUUUUUGUGUCUAUUUAUAUAAUAGUAUAAGUGUCUCUGAUAUUAUUGAUGUUUUACGAGUAUUCUUCAUAUUACGCGGUGUUGAGGGAAGUUGGAAUGCGUACGAAAUAAGGUAGACCGAUCAUUCCAGAGAUUCUUCGUUGAGAGAUCUUUCGUUGAUUGGUCGAAAACAGGGAUUUAGUGAGCAGUUAAAGAUGGCACAAUUAUAUUUAAAUAAAUGUUUAUGUUAUGUGUUAUCAGCUGUGCGGAACUACUCCGCAUUAUAAUACUUAAUAAUGUAGUAGAUAUGUGUGUCCUAUAGUUUUAAGGAAUCCGUCAUAACCCAAGCUAGAGUUCAUGCCACGUAAGAAGACCCACCAGGGUAUGGUCUAAGUUUGAAAGACAAAAAAUAUGGGCCCAGACAAAAUAUUCAAUGACUACCACUCCCAACUAUUACUAACUAUGCGUGCUUAAUAAUUACUCACAGAAGAACUUGAUACAUGAAAGAGAAAUAUGCAAUUGUUCUACAUCUUUUGGAUUCCUUUGGGGCAAAAUAAAUAAACGUAAGGAGCUGAUAGGGUCACGUCUACGGGGCUUCUUUUGGUGACGUGGACUAUAGAUAACAUACAAACCUCAUUAUAUGGCGGAGAAAUCAAUUAGAUAAGUCCCAUUAAAACAUUAAAUAUUUUCAGAACCUCAUGUUACAUUCAAUGUUACGAUAACUUAUAUGUGUUAGUAUGAUAAGAGAUAAUAUUGGGAUUGAAGUUAAAUAUUCUUAAUGAUCAAUUUCUCUCUAACCAAGACGUCAGUGAGAAAGUACUGGAAAGAUCAUAUUAGGAAAAUUUAACUCGAGUUUCGUGUGCUAAGAUGUUAUAAAAGUUAUAGGUACAUACGUUGUAGACGCUACAGUGGCAAUAUGGAAGUCAGGUACCAAUUGAUAUGAAAUCUGUUUUAUGAAGUAGAGUGAAAGAGUGCGGCUUAUAAACGGUCUUUAGCGGUUUAAAAUACAAUGUUG